AAAUUAUUGAACCUACCAAAACAUAACCUCAAAAAAUGAAAAUUUUGUAAACAAAUUGCGAAAAUGCGUCUUCUAAACCUAUUCAAGCGGUUACAAAUAACUCCUAUAAGUCAAACGACGCGGUUUUUCGCUCAGGAAUACACGCCGAAGCCACUUAGAAGCUUAAAAGCGAAGUCUACUAGAAAUACUGUGCAAUACUAUGUGGAUGCUUGUAGAGUGAGAGCUGUGGCGGGUAAUGGGGGCGAUGGAUGCAUUUCCUUUCUCAGUGCGUGGUGUAAAGAACACGCAGGACCCGAUGGCGGCGACGGCGGGCACGGGGGACACGUUAUAUUCCAGGCAACCCACUCGGUGAAGAGCCUGAACCACUGCCGCUCGGUGGUGCAGGCCAAGCACGGCCAGCGCGGAGACAACAAGGACUGCACCGGCAAAAACGCUGAGCAUGUGGUGGUGCCUGUGCCUUUGGGCACGAUAGUGAAGGACGCGUCGGGCCGCGUGCUAGCAGACUUGGACACGGAGGGCGUGAUGUUUGUAGCGGCGCGCGGCGGCGCCGGCGGGCGCGGGAACAAGUUCUUCCUCACUGACACUGAGCAGGCGCCAGACGUAGCAGAGCUAGGUGCAACAGGCGAGACACACAGCUACUCCCUCUCAGUCCGUUCGCUAGCGCACGUCGGCCUAGUAGGAGCACCCAACGCCGGCAAGAGCACAUUACUACGUGCCGCUACAAGGGCGCGCCCUGCCGUCGCGCCCUAUCCCUUUACUACACUACAGCCACAUAUAGGCAUGGUGCAGUACGACGACUACGAGCAGGUGGCGAUAGCGGACUUACCCGGUUUGAUUCCCGGCUCGCAUAAGAACUACGGCUUAGGCAUCCAAUUCCUCCAGCACGUGGAAAGGUGUCGCGGGCUCAUAUACCUACUAGACGGGUCGACAGACCCUCAGGAACAAUACGAGAGCUUGUCCUUCGAGGUGGCGCAGUACAACGCGGACCUGGCCGACAGGCCUCAAUGCAUCGUCGUGAACAAGAUUGACCUCCCAGAAGGCAAGAAGAACUUCGAAUCACUAAAGAAGCAGAUGCAAGUCAUCGGAAUAUCAGCCAAGACCGGACAGAAUCUGGUCGAACUGCUUAAAGUUGUUAGACGCAUGUAUGACAGCGGGAAGAGCUGAGUGUGAUAUUAUUUAGUAUUUUAAAUAAAAAAUCGAACUGCCUAAGGCGGGAAUCAAACCCACGACUUAGUAGGUAGCUUAAUUUCAAUUUUUCCCAGUUGCCACCCUGGGGGCGAUUGGGAAUUGAAAAUUUUCCCAUAUUACCCCACUGGUGUUUAGGCACCCUAACUGUAGUAGCUAGUCGAUUUUUACUAUAGAUUUUACUAAACUGGGAACUUACAUUACUAGCAUUAAAGUAACUUUUGUUUUGUCACCUGUCAUCCGCUUUGCUCUGGAAGGAAGUCGAACCUUAGAAACAUAGGAGUUCGAAGUUAACUUUCGAACUAUGUGGUAUUAUACCUGCCCGCCCACCUGUUUAAUAUUGUUACUAUUGUUUUACUUUUAUGAUUUCAUAGCGAACGGGUUGCGCCUGUGCAUUACUUGUCUUUAUGGGUAAUUCAUGGGCGCAGCUUACUUUUGUGUUACUUUUACCUCUAUAACACAAUGUUUACGUGAUUGUUAUUGCAUGCUGUGUGUACACGUUUUUAGGUUGCAAUCUAGAUUUAUAAGCAUUAUUCUGUAAUAAUUGCAAUUAUUUGUAACUACCGUUGUAUCCCUUGAUUGUUACCUGUUGUGUAUGCCUUAAUAAAUAAAUAAAAAUAAAAAAAAAAAACUUUCGUUGCGGGUCCAAUGACAGUUUAACUUGUCCCCGGACAAACUUGACCUUCACUGGUUGGGUUAUUGGCGGUCAAGCUGUAGAUCCUGGCUACACAGGAGUUGCAGCGGUGGGAAUAGUUCCGUAUAGACUAUCAAGUGCUCAGCGGUGACAAUUAUUGUAAUAUUUUCGAGAUCAUUUCCCAGUCGCCCCCAGUCCCCGCUGGGGAAAAUGGGGAUAACUACCCCUAUUUUGGGUAUAUAUUUGAUCCCCGCCAUUUUUCUAUUAAUUUAAUAAUAGAUUAGACUUGACAUGAUGUUAAAAUGUAAAUAAAACAAUUCAUUCAAUUACAAA